ACCACAAAUGGGUGGGAAUAAGCCAUUACCAAGAUAGUAUCCAGAUCCAGAUAUGUAUACAGUGGACUUUGAUGGUCCAGAUGAUCCACUCAUCCCAUUUAAUUGGACAAUAAGGAAAAAACUUUUUGUUUCUACUGUUGUUGCUGUUCAUUCAUCUUUAAUUUCUUGGGCAUCAGCAAUUUUUUCACCAGCUAUUGUUACUGUUGGUCAUAGAUUUGGUGUUAGUAGAGAAGUUGCAACUUUAGGACUUUCUUUAUAUGUGUUGGGUUUUGCAACUGGACCUGUUAUAUGGGCACCUUUAUGUGAAUUGUAUGGGAGAAAGCCAAUUAUGGUUUUAAGUGGAAUUGGUAUGACACUCUUUCAAUUUGCAGUUGCUACAGGGAAAGACAUUCAAACUGUAUUGAUUUGUAGAGCUUUUGGUGGUGCAAUUAGUGCAGCACCUUUGGUUUGUGUCCCAGCAAUUUUUGGUGAUAUCUAUAGAGAUGAAACAAGAGGUAAAGCAAUUACUGUUUUCAUUAUGACUAUUUUCAUUUUCCCUAUUGUUGCUCCAGUUGUUGGUGGUUUCAUUGUGAAUAGUUAUUUGGGUUGGAGAUGGACUGAGUAUUUGACUGGUAUAAUGGGAUCUUUCACGACGCUUAUGAUUAUUUUUUUCUACCCAGAAACUCAUCAUCCGAUAUUGUUAGUCUCCAAGGCUCACAAGAUUAAGGAAUUGACUGGUAAUUGGAUGAUCCAUGCUGCUCAUGAUGAAUUUACAUUAACAAUUAAAGAUAUUGUGGAGAAGAAUUUAUCUAGGCCAUUGGUGAUGUUGGUAACCGAACCAAUCAUUUUGUUGAUUAGUAUUUACAAUGCAUUUGUUUAUGGAAUUUUAUACUUGAUGCUUUCAGCUUAUCCAGUGAUUUUUGCCGAAGGUUAUGGUAUGAAAGGUGGUGUAUCAGAGUUACCAUACUUAGGAAUGGUUGUUGGUAUGGUAUUUGCUGGUGUUUUUGCCUUUCUAAUGGAAGGUAAAUAUGUCAAGGCAUUGAGAGCAAAUAAUCAUAAGCCAGUUCCUCAAGCUAGAUUGUAUACUUUAUUUUAUGGCUGUUUUGCAUUCCCUAUUGGUCUUUUUUGGUUAUUUUGGACUGGUGCAUACCCUAAACAUGUUCAUUGGAUGGCACCAACUGCAUCAGGUGUCUUUACAGGAUUUGGGUUAGUUACCAUUUUCACUUCAUCAAUCAAUUUUAUUCUUGAUACUUAUUUGGCAUUUUCGGCUUCUGCUAUGGCUGCUAAUGCGUUCUUAAGAGCUAUUUUUGCUUGUGCAUUUCCUCUUUUCGGUGUUCAAAUGUUGCAUAAUAUGGGCGUUCAAUGGGCUGGUUUAUUAUUGGGAUUGAUUGAAAACCCAUCCUUCAGCAAAAUGGAAAACUAG